ACCCCACACAUACACACACUCCCUUCAAUGGAAUCCACUAUGGAAGACAAUACUAUCACUAGUGAAUAUGGUUACAAGACCAAUGUCUAUGCUGAAAAGAAUGAACAAAUGAUCAAGGUUUGUACUUAUCUCGAACAACUUGGUUUCCUUCCCAAGGAAUUGGUCAAGAAUGAAGUUCAAUGGUUUUAUAGCAAUUUGAACAUUGAUGACUAUUAUUUUGCUCUUGAAACCGUGGAAACCAUUGCUAACCAUAUCAUGUCUCUUUAUGGUGCCAAGAUUACUGCCUACACAAACAAGGAUGAUAUGCUUGAUAUCAAUCUUCAAAAGGAAACUGAUGAAUCAUCAGUAUAUAUUCAUACUUCUCUUCCUGGUGUAUCUCAAGUACAUGGACCUGAAAAUGAACGAAGAAUUGAUGACCUCUACUUGGAUGUUUCUACUCCUGCCAAGGCUUAUCGUGUUGAAUCAUACCGCUCCAGUGCUGCUGUAUCCUCAGAUCAAGCUCAUUCUCCUCCUCUUCGUAGUUACUUUGUCACCAAGUGUCAAUUUGCCAAUCCUGAACCUACUACUGCUCAAGAAACUGAUAUCCACCAAGUUGCUGAUCAAACUUUCUUAAAGAAGGCUACUGAACAUACUCUCAAGAUCUAUUCUGGUGUGAUGUGUGAUGUUCUUCAACGAACAGGUCCUGUCAUCAAGAUGUUUGAAGUACAAGGUAGUCGUGAACGUCGUAUCAUCAUUGGUUACCGUCAACGUUCCACCAAAGGUUUCUUCUCUGCCAUGUCUGAUUUGUAUCAUUACUAUGAUUUGUAUUCUACCAGAAAAUAUGUCGAACAAUUCUCCAAUGGUGUUACUAUUAUGGGAUUGUACUUGAACCCUCUUCCUAAUACCAAGUCUGUUCCCAUUGAACAAUCUAUCUAUCAAGUCAUGAAAGAAACUUCCCUUUUGUAUUGUUUACCCAAGUCUCCUUUACAAGAAUUUUUCCAAACUGGCAAGCUCUCUGUACAAGAAACUGUUUAUGGUUAUGUCAUCUGGAUCUUCUCUCAACACUUUUUGAAUCGACUUGGCAAGGAAUAUCUUUCUUUGACUCGUAUUUUAGAUGCUAACAAUCCUCUCCAUGAAGAAGUUUUGUCAAAAAUGAAGAAACGUCUCCGUCAAGAUACUUUUACUCGUGAAUAUAUUUUGGAAAUCAUCAAGCGAUACCCUGAACUUAUCAAGUUGUUGUAUACUCACUUUGCCAAUGUCCACUAUGUUAAUCAACGUGAACAAUCUCUACAACCAACCAUCUCCUACCAACGUAUGACUACUCAAGAAUCUUUGAAUGAUGAACAGUUGAUCAAGAAGAUUGCUAAUACUACUCUUAAUGCACAUGAACAACUUGUAUUUGAAUCUUUCUUGACCUUCAACAAGAAUGUCCUCAAGACUAACUUUUAUCAAUCUACGAAGGUGGCUCUUUCUUUCCGUAUGGAUCCCAGCUUUUUGCCUGAAAUUGAAUAUCCCAACAAGCUUUAUGGUAUGUUCUUAGUCGUCGGUUCUGAAUUCCGUGGUUUCCAUUUGCGAUUCCGUGAUGUUGCUCGUGGUGGUAUUCGUAUCAUCCGUUCUCGUAAUCGUGAAGCCUACUCUAUCAAUCAACGUACCUUGUUUGACGAAAACUAUGCUUUGGCUGCUACUCAACAACGUAAGAACAAGGAUAUUCCUGAAGGUGGUUCAAAAGGUACUAUUUUAUUGGACAUUGAUCAACAAGACAAACCUCUUGUUGCAUUCGAAAAGUAUGUGGAUUCUAUUUUGGAUUUAUUGAUUGUUGGUCAAUCUCCUGGUAUCAAGGAAAAGUUGGUGGAUUUGACUGGUAGACCUGAAAUCUUAUUCUUUGGUCCUGAUGAAGGUACUGCUGAUUAUAUGGAUUGGGCUUCUCAACAUGCUCGUCGUCGUGGAGCUAGCUUCUGGAAGGCUUUCACUACUGGUAAGAGUCAAUCUCUUGGUGGUAUUCCUCACGAUACUUAUGGUAUGACUACUCGAUCUGUACAUCAAUACGUUCUUGGCAUCUAUCGUACUUUUGGAUUGAAAGAAGAAGAAUGUACUAAAUUACAAACUGGUGGCCCUGAUGGUGAUCUUGGUUCCAAUGAAGUCAAGAUUUCUAAGGACAAGACUGUGGCUGUUGUGGAUGGAUCUGGUGUGCUUUAUGAUCCCACUGGUAUCAAUCGUACUGAAUUGUCUCGUUUGGCUAAUCAACGUCUAAUGAUCAGUAAUUUUGAUGUAUCUCUUUUGUCUGAAAAUGGUUUCCGUGUUUUGGUGGAUGAAAAUGGUGUACAAUUGCCUAAUGGUUUGGUGGUUGAAAAUGGCUUACAAUUCCGUAAUACUUUCCAUACUAACAGUCUUGCUUCUGCUACUGUGUUUGUACCAUGUGGUGGUCGUCCUGAAUCCGUUGAUCUUUCCAAUGUCAACAAACUUAUUCAAGAAGAUGGUACUCCCUUAUUCCAAUACAUUGUGGAAGGUGCCAAUUUAUUCUUUACUCAAGAAGCUCGUUUACGUUUGGAAAAACAAGGUAUUGUGAUCUUUAAGGAUGCUUCAGCAAACAAGGGUGGUGUGACCUCAUCUUCUUUGGAAGUGUUGGCUGCUUUGGCUUUCAAUGAUGCUGAAUUUGAAGAACAUAUGUCUGUCAAGAAUGGUCAAGUGCCUGCUUUCUAUGAAGCUUAUGUGAAAGAAGUACAAGAAAUCAUUGAACGUAAUGCUCGUAUUGAAUUUGAAGCUUUAUGGCGUGAACACAAGAAGACGAAGCAACCCAUCUCCAUCUUGUCUGAUGAACUCUCUGUCGCCAUCGUUCAACUUCAAGAACAAUUACAAGAAGCUGGUUUAUGGUCUAAUGUUUCUUUACGUGAAUCUGUCUUGUUACGUGCAUUCCCCAAAUUACUUUUGGAAAAGGUCGGUUUGGAAACUUUGUUGAAGCGUGUACCUGAAAACUAUGUAAAGGCUAUCUUUGGUGCUUAUUUGGCCUCUCAAUUUGUUUACAAGUAUGGUGCUCAACCUGAUCAUUUCGCCUUCUUUGAAUUCAUGCGUACAAACUAC